GAAUUUUUUUUUAUGACAUACACGACAGUCCGCAAAGGCUUAAUCUUUUGAAGGAACCAUCUAGUAUUCUCCCCUUCACAAGGUGCGUAUCUGUUCCGGGCUACCUGUCCAGGAGCAGAGGAAGACGCAACCAAAGUAAUGAGGAAUAAAUGAACGGGAAAUCCUCGGCACGAUAAAUUCCAGAUACUCCCAGAAUGUCCGUCUCUGAGAUGAAUAUGUUUUCUUGGAUCCAUGGCAUCGCUCUCUCGCUGUUCCUGCUUUCCUGGGCACCCUGCGAAGGCUCCGUACCGACUGUCACUGCUGUCCUUCAUGGAACCGCCGUCCUUCCCUGUUCAGUCCCAUUUAUAUCUGGCACAGAGGAUCUGCUGGUGUCAUGGGUGAAGAAGAUCGGCACAAAACCAUCCCUGGUGCUUCUCGCCUUUAAUAAAGGACAAUUCGAUUUAACGCACCAGCCUCCUCAGUACAGAGGCCGCACCAACAUGACUCCUGACUUGUCUAACGGGAGACUGGACCUGACUCUGACCCAUGUGGAGCAUCGUGACGAAGGAGUUUAUGUCUGUCAAGUGAUGAACAAGGCGGAUUACAGAGACAUCGAGGUCAGACUGAGGGUUAUUGAGAGCGGAACAUCUGGAGGAGACCAAAGCCGUCCUGUGCUGUGGGUGACCGUCUUGCUCCUUUUUACAGCGGGUGUUUUUCGAGGCUGUUACAGUUUCUGUCGCCGAAGGUCCCCUGGACCCCGAGGUAUCCAUCGGCACACCAGGAUUGCCGCUGCUCCUUCGGGAUCACCCCAAGAACGGCGACCAAAGUAUAAGGACAUUGCGGGACUCGGUGGCCUAAGCGUGGCGUCGGACUGUCUGGGCAGGGCGGGAAGAUGUGUCCUGAUUUAUGACCUUUUUAUCACCUAACCUGUAAUUAGUUUCGAUUAAUGCUUCAGGGGCCCGCUGGAUCACUAGUUAUCCUUGUCAGGACAACUACGGCACUGUACUCUAAUAAGUGCAAAGUAGAAAAAAAAA